AUGGAUCGUCCUCUCUCUCACUCGUCAAAUCGAACUCCAAAUCGAAGCUUGUCCUCCUUUCUCCGGCCUCUACUCUCACGAACGGAACCUUGUCUUUCCCUCUCACAUCGAUUCAGGUUUAUUUACUUAUUCAUUGGAGUUGGGGCGAUUCUCUUUGUCAUUUCUUGUUUUGGUUGUAUUGCAUCGGUGACACGGAAUGGGUGCUGCCUGAGCUGUUAUUCAUUUUUGGUAGUCUUGCUGAUCUUAGUAGAGCUUGGAUGUGCAGCCUUUAUAUUUUCUGACAAAAACUGGAAAGAGGAAAUUCCAAGCGACAAGACAGGAAAUUUUGAUACGCUAUAUGGCUUUCUGAGAGAGAACUGGACUAUUGUGAAAUGGGUUGCUCUUGGGAUUGUUGUCUUUGAGGCUCUUCUUUUCAUCUUAGCCCUUAUUGUUCGGGCUGCAAAUAGGCCAGCAGAUUACGAUAGUGAUGAAGAGUUCAUUAAUCCAAGGCAGCAAUCCCGCCAGCCUUUGCUCAAUAAUAGACCAGCAGGCCCUGCACCAGGUGUACCAGCUACUGGCACAGUUGAUGCGCGUUCCAGCAGAAAUGAUGCAUGGAGUACAAGGAUGAGGGAGAAGGUGUUCAAUGAUCCCACGGCAUUAACAGAGGAGGAGUUGUAUGAUUUGCGAGACCGCUGGGCAACUUGUUUUCUUCAACUAUAUAAUCCCGAGGUAGAUUAUGAUGAUGCCGACGAGAAAGAUUAGGAGCUAGCUAGGUUUGUGUGAAGUUACAAUGGACUAGUUAUGAUGAUGUUUUAAUUUGUAUUUUGGAUGGAUUAGUAUUAAUUAUUAUGAUGUUUUGUAUUUUGGAUUACAAUGUGGUUGUACUUUAAUGACAUUAUUACUAUAUAUAUGUUGAAUGUUGAAUUUGAAUUUGGCUA